GCGACGACUGCUUCCAACCUUCCCUCGGCCCAGGGGGGUGAAGUAAGUUUGCCCCGGGAGGACAUACGGUUCUCCCUGCCGAAGGGUGCCGCCAUCACACAUGGCACGGUGGACCCUCGGGAGUUCCUGGGCGGGGUUACUCCUUUGCUGGAUAGGAAGGCCCUCGGCAAGCUCGAUGAUGAGGCUCUUGAGUCAAAGAUCCUCCGGCCCUCCCUCACUGCUUGCAUAGCCCUCGAUGAGCACGCCAGGAGGUUCGAUGAGUGGCGCCUCCAGAAGGUGCAACAGGAUGAGGCUAUGAAGAAGCUCAUCCGCGACAACGCCGAGUCCGUGAGGCAAAUGGCUCAGCUAGAAGGGGACCUUCAGCAGGCGAAGGCUGCGGCGGAGAAGGCAGCUAACGAGAAAGUUGAAGCUGAGAGGGCCGCUGCUGAGGCCGCGAAAAAAGCCUCCGAGGAUGCAGAGGUUGCCAAAGCGGAGGCUGCCGCCAGUGUUGUUGCUGCUUUCAUGGCCGAGGGGGUGGAGGGCCGAAGACCACAAAGACUGGGUGGCUUCGGUGGUGGAGGAGUCCGCCGAUGGGUGGGUGAAAGGCCCCGAGGCGAUGUGGUUAGCCUGAAAGGGCGAAGACUACUAUGCUGGGGGGAGUUCUUUACCCAGGCCCUUAUCUACAGAAGUCUGGCCCGGCACCUAAAGAUUGAGCCGAAGGCUUUCGAUCCGACGACAUAUGGCCUUCCCCCCUCCAACCAGAUAUCAG